AUGUCCCGCACCACCGCCAACCCGCCGAACGAUGCGGCCUCGCGCAAAAUCUCGUUCAACGUCAGCGAGCAAUAUGAUAUUCAGGAUGUUGUUGGUGAAGGCGCCUACGGUGUCGUUUGCUCCGCCAUUCACAAGCCCUCUGGCCAAAAGGUUGCCAUCAAGAAAAUCACGCCUUUCGACCAUUCCAUGUUCUGCUUGAGAACAUUGAGAGAAAUGAAGCUCCUUCGCUACUUCAACCACGAAAAUAUCAUCUCUAUUCUCGAUAUCCAGAAGCCUCGUGGCUUUGAUUCAUUCAAUGAAGUCUAUCUGAUUCAGGAAUUAAUGGAAACCGAUAUGCACCGUGUUAUCCGAACACAGAAUCUUUCCGACGAUCACUGCCAGUACUUCAUCUAUCAAACCCUUCGCGCUCUCAAGGCCAUGCACUCAGCCAAUGUGCUUCACCGUGAUCUUAAGCCGUCCAACCUGCUUCUCAACGCCAACUGUGACCUGAAGGUUUGCGAUUUCGGUCUUGCCCGUUCUGCUGCCUCCCAGGAAGACAACUCAGGCUUCAUGACGGAAUACGUCGCAACAAGAUGGUACCGAGCCCCCGAAAUUAUGCUUACCUUCAAAGAGUACACAAAGGCCAUCGAUGUCUGGUCUGUCGGUUGUAUUCUUGCUGAGAUGCUUAGUGGCAAGCCUCUCUUCCCGGGAAAAGAUUAUCAUCACCAGCUUACCCUCAUUCUCGAUGUUUUGGGCACGCCCACUAUGGAGGAUUACUACGGUAUCAAGUCUAGACGCGCGAGAGAAUACAUCCGCUCGCUUCCCUUUAAGAAGAAGGUUCCGUUCCGCACCCUCUUCCCCAACUCCUCGGAAUGGGCUCUCGAUCUUCUUGAGAAACUGCUGGCCUUCAACCCUGUUAAGCGCAUUACUGUCGAAGAGGCUCUCAAGCACCCUUACCUGGAGCCUUAUCACGACCCUGAGGACGAGCCUACCGCACCCCCAAUCCCGGACGAAUUCUUCGACUUUGAUAAGCAUAAGGACACCUUGACCAAGGAGCAGCUCAAGCAGCUAAUUUACGAGGAGAUUAUGCGAUGA